AAGGGAAGCAAAUACUGGUAGACCCAUGUUACAGAUGGGCAAACUGAGGCUCCUUUGGAAUUACUUUAUAACUGCCUCAGUAGGUGCAGGAGCGGCCAGCGCGGGUCAGCCCAAGGCCUGUCUGCCCCGCAGUGGCCGUGCCAAGUGCUUCAGCAGCGUUGCCCUCCGGCAGGCGCACGGGGGACGUGUUAGUGCGAGGCCGCCUCGGGGCUGUUCAGCCGGGCCACCGGCACGUGUGACCGGGGUAGCUCGCUAGCCCCUGCCCGCAGUCACUCCUGGGGGGCAGGUAAUGGGGACACGGCGCUCGCCCAGCCUGGAGCCCGCGUUCGUGGGACUGGGGGCGGAGCGGACACAAUGGGAACAACCUCUGCCAAGAAGGGGCCACGAGUGAGCACCGUCCAACGGGCCCCUGCAGCGCCCCGCACACAACAACGGCCGCCCCGCCAUCCUGCCCGAGGCAGCGCUGCGCAAGUGGGAUGUGACGGGCGCUGUCUCCCGCCCUUGCGGGCUGCAGCCCAGCCGGCCGGGCCGGAAGAGACGUCAGGCAGAAGGGGAGGCGAGAGCAGAGGUAGUGGAGCCGCUGUGCCAGCCCAACCUUCCCAGGGCCUUCCUGCGGCUACGGGAGGCUUCAGGGGGCACAUGCUCUUCGGAGGUGGGGAAAGCGUGCAAAGGCCUCGCCAAAGGAGGGGCGGGCUGCCUUCACCUCCGCCGUGUUUGCUUUGUGUCCCCCGCCGGUCUCUGGUUGCACCCCUUGAAAGACGCAGCUUUGAAGAGGAAACAGCAUGGGAAAGAAGCGCAAAGGUUCCCUGCGGCAAGAGACUGCCAGCAAGAAAUUAAAGGGAGAGCCUGCUGCAGCAGCCACCAGGGCCCCCCAAACUCCCAGGCAAGAACCAGAGGAUGAUUUUGAAGAGGAAAGGCCCAGUAUGAAAAAGAAGCUCUCAAAAGUUCCUGGUGGAAAUAAGAAGAAGAAAGGAGAUUGUGACACUGAAGUUCAUAGCCUACCAGGUAGAUCUUCAAGGCAAAAAGGAGCAAAAUCAGUAGCGAAGGAGGAAAAUAACAUAACUGUAAAAAACAAAGGGGAAACGUGCCGUGCUUUACCGAGCCCCUCUCAGAAGGAGACGACUUUGAAGAGAAAAUCAACUAUUAAAAAAGAAAUGGAUGAAGAUGAUGAUGGAGAUGGAAGUGAGGAUGAGUGGGAGGAUGUGGAAGAACUCGAAGAUCCUGUCCUGGAUAAAUCAGGAACAGCUGCUGCCCUUCCUGCGCUAGUGUUGCCCAGCAAACCAGUUGAGAUAGAGAUUGAAACUCCAGAGCAGGCAAAGAAAAGAGAGAGAAGAGAGAAAAGGAAAGCUGAGUUUGAGACCUAUCUCCGGAGAAUGAUGAAACGCUUCAACAAGGAGGUUCAUGAAGAUACGCAUAAGGUUCACCUACUAUGUUUGUUAGCAAAUGGUUUCCAUAGGAACAGGGUCUGCAGCCAGCCAGAUCUUCAGGCUAUUGGCUUUUCCAUCAUCCCCACCCACUUCACUAAAGUGCCUGCAGCUCGUAUAGACCUUCUCUACCUUUCCAACUUGGUGAAAUGGUUUGUUGCAACCUUCACUAUCAACACUGAACUCUCUGUUGAUCGAGAGGGCCUGCAGUCCACUUUAGAGAGGCGCUUCGCCAUCUAUGCUGCAAGAGAUGAUGAAGAGUUGGUCCAUAUAUUUUUACUUAUUCUACGAGCAUUACAGUUGCUCUGCCGGCUUGUGCUGUCUUUGCGACCCAUUCCCCUGAAAGAGCCAGCGGGAAAGGGCAAGAGCUCCUGCAAGAAGCACUCUGCCAAAAAACCUAAGGCUCCAUCAAGAAAAAGCUCCUGCAAAGGAGCCAAGCAACAGGAAACUCUGUCAGGGAGUGAAGGAGCUGACAAGGAACCAAACACCUCUGGGUCCAAAAGGAAAAGUAAGUCAAAGGUGAUCAAGGAUUGCCAGGAACAAAAGGAAUCCAGUGAUGAUGAAAGCAACCUGGGGGAGGGGGAAGAGGAAGGAGCACGCAGGCCCAGAAACAAAUGCCGACGAAGAGUGACCUUGAAAGUGUCUUACAAAGAGGAGAGUGGAAGUGACGAGGGCAGUGUUUCUGAGUUUGAGGCUUCGGAGGAGGAAGACAGUCAUUUCUCUGAUGAGGAUUUUGAAACUGUCUCUAAGAGGCAGAAGAGAACAUCGGGGCCCCAUAAAGCAAGGGUAGUAGUUGAAAAUAGCAGGAAAGCCAGGUCUUCCGAACCAAAAGGGCCCAAGAAUUCAGGUGGAAAUGAGCAAUUGCUGGCAAAAGCAGCUUCUCCAGGCUCUUCUAAUACACCCAGGAAGAGGAACAAAAUAAUCUCUAGUGACGAUGAUGGGGAGCAGGAGGUGGUGAAAGUGACAGGCACAGAUCAGUGGUUGGAAAUCUUUGUUGAGCGGGAAGACAGGUGGGUGUGUGUGGACUGUGUUCGUGGCAUCGUUGGCCAGCCCUCUCUGUGUUUUAAAUAUGCCACCAAGCCAGUUUCCUAUAUUGUGGGAAUUGACAGCAAUGGGCAUGUAAAGGACGUAACGCAAAGGUACGACCCAGCCUGGAUGACUUCGACAAGGAAAUGUCGUGUGGAUCCUCAGUGGUGGGAAGACACGCUGGAACCAUAUAGAAGCCCCUUUGUGGAAAGAGAGAAGAAGGAAGAAAGGGAGUUUCUAGUUAAGCUUCAAGACCAACCUCUGCCGACAGCCAUUGGAGAGUAUAAAAAUCACCCUCUUUAUGCAUUGAAGAGGCAUAUCCUGAAAUAUGAGGCCAUCUACCCUGAGACUGCUGCUAUCCUAGGAUACUGCAGAGGAGAGGCGGUAUAUUCCAGAGACUGUGUGCACACACUGCACUCCCGGGACACCUGGCUGAAGCAAGCUCGCGUGGUGAGGAUUGGGGAAGUGCCCUAUAAGAUGGUGAAAGGAUAUUCCAACCAGGCAAGGAAAGCACGACUGGCAGAGCCUUCGAACAGGGAGAAAGACGAUUUGGGGCUGUUUGGCCUGUGGCAGACGGAGGAGUACCAGCCUCCUGUGGCAGUGGAUGGAAGGGUUCCCCGGAAUGAAUAUGGAAACGUGUAUCUCUUCCUGCCCUGUAUGUUACCAAUAGGCUGUGUGCAGCUAAAACUUCCCAAUCUGCAUAGAGUGGCACGGAAACUGGACAUUGACUGUGUUCAAGCCAUCACUGGAUUUGAUUUUCACGGUGGCUACUCACACCCAGUUACUGAUGGCUACAUAGUCUGUGAAGAAUACAAAGAGGUGCUCGUCGCAGCCUGGGAGAAUGAACAGGCAGAGAUAGAAAAGAAGGAAAAGGAGAAAAGAGAGAAGAGAGCACUGGGGAACUGGAAAUUGCUGACAAAAGGACUUCUCAUAAGAGAGAGACUGAAGCAACGCUACUGCAGAAAGAGUGAGGCAUCCGGAUCCAUGAUGGAGAAAGGAGCUGGAUUUUCUUCUGAUGAAGAAGGGGAGCCAAGUUCAAAGACUCCAGCUGAAGAUGUGGUGGUUUCUUGGCCUCUGAAUCGGCAAGUGGAGGAACAAAGAAAAGAGAAAAAAGGCAGAAAGAGCAAGUGGGAAAAGAAGGGAGAAGUAGCACACUUGUUCCCCUUUGAGAAGUUAUGACCAGAACCCAGGGCUAAACUCUUUAUGUUCAAUUUCCCGAUGCAAGGAUGAAGGUGGUUCGUUUCUUUAAAACUAUCUUGUAAAUAAUUUCAGAGCUAGAAAAUGUUUGAUGUUUUCUACCAGUUGCCUGCUUGAUACUGAAUGAGUCAAAAUUAUAUAAAUAGAGCAAAGAGCAGAUGUGGAGGUAGAUAAAAAUACAUCACAACAGGAGCAUACCAACCAGUGUGUGCUUUCAGCUCUCUUGUAUAUAUGUAUUUCUGUUGGUCAAAGGUGGACUCUCUCCACAGUGUAAUGUCAAGCCCUUCUCUCUGAUCUAGCAUUGAGAGUUCUAUAAAGGUGAAACUGGAUUUAUUUUAUCAUUUCUUUUGGAGUCAUGGGUAACCUUUUUAUCUGUGGAGCUUUGAGGGACAGAUUUGUAGAUAUCAUAUCCUUCUCACAAGAGUGACCCAUUGCAGCUGUUCUUCCCCUUUGACAAGUAUUGUCACCCCUGCAGUACACCUAUUGCUGCAUCACUUUCACAAUCUCCUUCCCACAAGUCUUGUUUACCAACAAACAGAAGCAUGUGUAGCUGCUAUUCAGGAGUCCCUCCUGCACUCUAUUAGUGGCCUAUUAUCGCUAUUGGUAGUUAACCCAUAUUGUUUCAAAUCAGCAGUGCAAUAAAUUUUUAUUCCCAUUUGUAGUCCAUCAUCACAAGGGUGGAAAUGUAAAGAAUCAAUAGCACCUCAAAGCCUGGCAGAUCGCUAACAUUUACAUGUUUUGCAAAGGACAGAAAUUUCUUAAGUGUAGUUUUGACUUAUUUUACUUUUCAGUCCUUGAUCUUUUCCCUGCCUCCAUAAUCCUUUUGAGAGAGAGCAAGAGAGAAAAGUCUUGAGAUAAUUUGGGACGCUGUCUUGUUGCAUUUUUUAAAGAUUUUUUUUUAUCAUCACCACCUUUAUCAUUAAACUAAAAUAACUUUUCACCCUUAAUGUUUAUUUACUGUCUGCAUAUGGCAUAGCUUGGACAACAAAAGCAGACAAAGAACUUUCAGUUUGGGGCAAAAUUUGCAAGAGCGCCAUUGCCAGAAGUAAAAGUCAGUGGGACUUAAGCACUUUUGAAACUGUUACCUAUUGUCUAUAGCAAGUUUCACUCUCUUUAGCACAGUUCUGGGUUUGUAUUCUAAACACUGUAAAAGAAUGUUUAAAUCCAUGCAAACUGUUUAUGGGAUUUUUUUAAUGAAAUAGUACUUGAUCUAGACUCUAAUUAUUUUUAGAAAACCUAUAGUUGGGCCUAAACAGACCUAAAUUUCUCUUUAAGAAAACUGGUUAUGGAGGGAAUACAGUAAUGUUAAGAGCCUGCUGCUUCCUUGCCUUAUGCCAUGGGCUCAAACUCAUAACCCCAGUGGAGAGGUUAAAAAUGCAAGAAAAAAAGCUUUAGUACUUAUGUAUAUUUAGAAAAAUAUUUUUAUACUGAAUUUUUGGAAAAAAAGUGUUUGCAAAGAUCAAUCCUUUGCAUGGUCCCUGUUAUUUCUAUGGGUCAUUCUUUAGUGCAUUUAUCUGUAUUCCCAAUGAACAAUUAUUAAAGGAAAAAGCAGUGACCUCAGACAGCUUAGUUGUCAUUUUUGUAUUACAGCAGCAGUAUCACCAGUCCUAAGUGUUCAAAACAUGUAAAUUUGGGUUUCUUUACAUUCUGUUCUUUGAGCGUUUAAGGUUCAUGUUAAGUUUUUUUUAAAACAAAGACUAGAAAUUCUUUUAAUGAAAGCUGAGAUUCUCAGGUAAGUACUUGACUGCAGAUGAGGCUUCAAGAAAAACUCUAGGUAUUGCAAGAUUUGACAAUACUGCAGUAAUUACCAGAGGGUCCCUUUGGGGUCUGGGUCCUCUUGUGCUAUAUGCUGUGCAAAUACAUGACAUGCUCAUAUACUGAAAAUAGUUCAGGGUAAGGACCAGAAUCCAACUCACUGAAAUUUGUGAGUCUUUCCAUUAAUAUAAAUGGGUCUGAAAUUAAGUAACAGCUAGGCAUAAAUGGAAGAUGACGAUGGAAUCCAUUGCAUGGUCAACCAAUAUCCUAGGAGAUCUAACAGAGCUUCACAUAAAUUGAAUUUUGGACUGUAUCACUGGUGGAGGUUCCUAUCCUGUACAGCCAGCAUAAGAGAAAUUUUAUUGCUGCAGUUGUUACUAUAGAAACCUUUGUAUAUAUGCAAUAAAAGCACCAAUUCUGGCUAUGUUGCUUAGAAAGAAAAUGCACCUCUGGUAA